AUGGUGCAGCACAUGUGGGGAGAGGUGGCCGGGCCUGCGGGCGGCGCCGAGUCGCUGUUUCCGGGCUCCCGAAGAAGCCGGAGCGUGUGGGAAGCAGUGCGCUUGGAGCUGGGCGUCCCCGACAGCUGCUCGGUGGUAUUGCACAGCUUCACGCAGUUCGACCCUGAUCUGCCACGCCUGGAGAGCUCCACGCAGGAGAUUGGCGAGGAGCUGGUCAACGGAGUCAUCUACACCAUCUCCCUGCGGAAGGGGCCGGUGCACUAUGCCGCCAACAAAGGCCAGCGCUGGCUUGGGUAUGAAAAUGAGUCAGCCCUGAACCUGUACGAGACCUGCAAGGUGCGAGCAGUCAAGGCAGGCACCCUGGAGAAGCUGGUGGAGCACCUGGUGCCUGCCUUCCAGGGCAGGGACCUCUCCUACAUCACCAUCUUCCUGUGUACCUACCGCGCAUUUGCCACCACCCAGCAGGUCCUGGACCUGCUCUUCAAAAGAUACGGAUGCAUCCUCCCCUAUUCCGAUGAGGACGGCGGACCGGAGGACCAACUGAAAAAUGCCAUCUCCUCCAUCUUGGGCACCUGGCUGGACCAGUAUUCGGAGGACUUCUGUCAGCCCCCGGACUUUCCAUGUCUCAAGCAGCUGGUGGCCUAUGUGCAACUCAACAUGCCUGGCUCAGACCUGGAGCGCCGGGCAGACCUCCUCCUUGCCCAGCUGGAGCACUCGGAGCCCACUGAGGCAGAGCUCGAGGAACUAGAUCCAACUCCAGAAAGAGAACCAAGUCCAGCUCCAGAGUUAGAGCCAGUGCCAGUUCUAGAACUAGAACCUGCCUCAGCUCCAGCAUUAACUCCGGCUCCAGCUCCAGCUCUGGCUUCAGCUCCAGUUCCACCUCCACCUCCAACUCCAGCUCUACCUCUGGCUCCGCCUCCCACUCCAUCCUCAGCUUCAGAACUAGAACCAACACUAGCUUCAGUCCCUGAACCUGCCUGCCUAUCUCCUGUCAUGAUGGAGAACGGGCUGAGUGAGGAGAAGCCUAACCUUCUAGCAUUCCCUCCGGAACUGGUGGCGGAGCAGUUUACAUUGAUGGACGCGGAGCUGUUCAAGAAGGUGGUGCCCUAUCACUGCCUGGGCUCCAUCUGGUCCCAGAGGGACAAGAAGGGCAAGGAGCACCUGGCACCCACUAUCCGAGCCACCGUUACCCAGUUCAACAGCGUGGCCAACUGCGUCAUCACCACCUGUCUAGGUGACCGGAACAUGAAGGCCUCAGACAGGGCCAGGGUGGUGGAGCACUGGAUCGAGGUGGCCAGGGAGUGUCGAAUCCUCAAGAACUUCUCAUCACUCCAUGCUGUCCUUUCUGCUCUGCAGAGCAAUUCCAUCCACCGCCUCAAGAAGACGUGGGAAGAAGUCUCUAGGGAAAGCGUCCGAAUCUUUCAAAAACUCUCUGAGAUCUUCUCAGACAAGAACAACUACUCCCUGAGCCGGGAACUGCUCAUCAAGGAGGGGACCUCCAAGUUUGCCACGCUGGAGAUGAACCCCACAAGAGCCCAGAAGAGGCAGAGGGAACUCGGCGUCAUCCAGGGCACCGGCGUCAUCCAGGGCACCGUUCCCUAUCUUGGCACAUUCCUCACGGACCUGGUGAUGCUGGACACUGCGAUGAAGGACUAUCUGUAUGGGAGAAUGAUCAACUUCGAGAAGAGGAGGAAGGAAUUUGAGGUGAUUGCCCAGAUCAAGCUGCUGCAGUCGGCCUGCAACAAUUACAGCAUCGCCCCUGAGGAGCACUUUGUGGCCUGGUUCCGAACCAUGGAGCGGCUCAGUGAGACCGAGAGCUACAAUCUGUCCUGUGAACUGGAGCCUCCGUCUGAGUCGGCCAGCAACACCCUCAAGGCCAAGAAGAGCACAGCCAUUGUCAAGCGCUGGAGCGACCGCCAGGCCCCCAGCACGGAGCUCAGCACCAGUGGCAGCUGCCACUCCAAGUCCUGUGACCAGCUCAAGUGCGGCCCCUACCUCAGCAGUGGGGACACAGCCGAUGUGCUCAGUGUGCACUCCGCCGGCUCCUCCAGCUCGGAUGUGGAAGAAAUCAACAUGAGCUUUGUCCCGGAGUCCCCUGACUGUCAGGAAAAGAAGUUCUGGGAGUCAGCCUCCCAGUCGUCCCCGGAGACCUCCGGCAUCAGCUCAGCGUCUAGCAGUACCUCGUCCUCCUCGGCCUCCACCACACCUGUGGCCUCCACGCGUACCCACAAGCGCUCUGUCUCAGGAGUCUGCAACUACAACUCCUCACUGCCGCUCUACAACCAGCAGGUGGGCGACUGUUGCAUCAUCCGUGUCAGCCUGGACGUGGAUAACGGCAACAUGUACAAGAGCAUCUUGGUGACCAGCCAAGAUAAGGCUCCUACUGUGAUCCGUAAGGCCAUGGACAAGCACAACCUGGAUGAGGAUGAGCCAGAUGAUUAUGAACUGGUGCAGAUUAUCUCAGAGGAUCGAAAGCUGAAGAUCCCGGACAACGCCAAUGUGUUCUACGCCAUGAACUCUACCGCUAACUAUGACUUUGUCCUAAAGAAGCGGACUUUCACCAAGGGGGCAAAGGUCAAGCAUGGGGCCAGUUCAACCCUUCCACGCAUGAAGCAAAAG